AAUAUAUUAAACGAGUGGUAAUUAUUUCUGUUUUAACAUUCAAAAAGGUAUAUACAAGGUGCUUUUCUUAUAAAGUCAAAAAGUGGCAAACUAAUCUAAAAUAAUAAUCGUUAAACAUAUAGAGAAUCAUCGGGGGAUUCCUUCCAUGGUCGGUAAACAAUGCGACUGCUAUCGCUCAGACCUCUCGCUUAUGAUGCUACAAUGCUAACAAUGCUAAAAAACAAGAAUAUUUCUGCAUCCGGUACGUCAUGAAGUAGGGCGUAGCCAUAGACCCAUGAUGCGGAAGCAUAUCUCCUUGAUGUUGCCCUGCGCCACUGAGCAGUUUACAUAGGAAUGAAUAGGCGCUAUUUUUGAAUCCGUUGUCCAUUAGACAGACCCUACUCGCCGCUCAGCUCGGAGAAAAAAUAAGUAUGGCUACCGUGAUGACAGCGCCUGCAGCACCUGCAGCUCCCGAACCAUACAAAUGGACUGAUGACGACACGGUCGCUUUCGUGCGGUGGCGUGUUGCCCACAAUAAGACCUUCAGCGGAGGGAGAGCCACAAACGCGGCUGGAUACAAGUAAGUGCAAACGUGUCGAGUUCAUCUAUACCUAUCUAGCAAUAUAUUUAUCAAAUGUAAAUCGCUUGUUGUCUGCUCAAUCUGUUGAUGUGUUGUACGAAAACUAUUGUGAAAUGUGCCCCUAUUACAUGUUAACCAGAGUGUUCCUAGAAGAGAGACGACUGCUGGGGAGGGUGACCGCCCCAUUCCUAAAAAGAAAAUGGGAAAACCUUAAACAGAAAUACAAGGAUCUUAAGAACACUCCGACUAGUGUAAGCACAGAGGGGGGUGAGACCACUGCUGCGUCCUGGAAAUGGUUUGAUCUCAUGCACGAGGCAGUUGGGGACAGGCCGUCUGUGACGCCACCUGUCCUUAUUGCCACGUGUGCCCAGGGCGCGGUGGUGUUCCCGGCCCCCUCUAUAAGUACACCAGAAAGGGGUAGGAAGGUUGAGGCAGCAGAGGAGACUGCCUUGGGCAGUCCGACGCCCACAACCACCGGAACCUCCACAGCAUCCACCCCCAAAAGGCGGCGGAUGUACGUUGUGGAAGUGCUGCAAGAGCUGAAGAGCCAGGAUGAGCAGGACUGGAGGGCUUUGCAGGCCGAAGAGAGGGAGAGAGAGAAGAGGAGAGAGGCCGAACAGGCCAGGCAGGCGGUCGAGAGAGAGCAGAGAGAAGAGAGAAGCUCCAGAGACGGUGCCUGGGGGUGCUGCCUCCCGUCCUGGAUCCUCUUCCUCUGCUGCUCCAGCCUCGCCGUCCUCAGGGUCCUCAGGGUCCAGCACGUCUCCCUGGCUCAGGCAAAUAUUGUGGAGUAUGGUGCAGCAGAGGAUGACCUCCGGGACGAACAGGACGUCCACCUCCAGCGCCUUCAUAUAUAUGGGCCUCCAUCUGGUCUUCAAGAUCCCAAAGGCCCGCUCCACCACUACUCGGGCCUUUGUCAGCCGGCUGCCGGUAGGGGGUCAUGGGGUAGGACAGGCAGGGGUACCCACCAUCCCCGAUGAGGCAGUACCCUGGUGGAGGGUACUGCUUCUCUAGGUACAGGGGGCUGUUCUUUAGUACCCUCGAAUCAUGCACUGACCCGGUGUACCCCACACACGCAUCUAUGAAUUUUGCUGUGUGGUCAACCACAGCCUGAAGCUGAACCGAAUAAAAAAGUUUACGGUUCAGGUAGCAGUCGGCAUCCUGGGAAGGGGGCUUUACUCUGACGUGGUAGCCGUCAAUGCUCCCAACCACCCUGUUGAAGGCCGCCGACCCUCCCACAGUCACCAACUCCUCCUCUGUAGGAUGGUUGACUGUUUGAGCAAACAGGGAGGCAAUCUUUGCACUGGUGGUGUGGAUAGCACGGUGGACGGAUGUUCUGGGCAUAUCAAAGGCCCGGGAGACGACACGGUAGGAUGUACCACUGGCCAACCAGAACAGGAAGACCAGGCAGGCGAUCUCCGGAUCCCAGCCGUGGUCUGCGUUGCUCCCCAUGGCUUCCAUAAGGGCAUUAAAUGAUCCCCUUGACAAGCGGAAGUCAACUUGCAUGUCACUCUGGCCAUCAAAAUAACCUUGAGAAUCGGCACUGCAUCAUUGAGACGUGGUGCAAAACAACCU